AAGAAUGAAUGUUUCUUUAACAGCGUAUUAGGGCUUGUAAUGUAUUUGUUUUAAUUAAACUAGAAAUAUUAAGUCAUUGACGAAAUAUGUUGAGGACUCUUAAGGCUGUUUGAACCCAGUCGGCUAAUUGCUAACGUUAAUCCGCCUCUGUUGUUAGCAACAGGUUUGCUGUGAUGCUCUAGUGAGCUGUGGGCUACAGGCUGUGAUCAUGCAGACUGUACAGAUAGACAAUAAAGAAGACGGGAAAUUAUGGCACCGAAAACCAGUGCCAUCAAAUAAUGGGUGGCGUUUGACACUACUGGAGAGGCAUUUCUUUCCGGUGAUCACCAUGGGAAUAUUUAUGUGUUUGAUAUUAGCAGAAACAGAUUCAAGCUGGUACAGAAAACAGGACAAGCAUGUACAGCACUGGCUUUCAGCCUGCGCAGAACAACAGAGUAUCUGGUUGCCCUUUCUGAUUAUUCCAUCAAGUGCUAUGACAAAGAGACCAAACAGUUGGUGAGCUGGAUGAGGGGUCAUGAGGGCGCCGUGUCUUCUCUGUCGGUCCAUGGAUCAGGGCGCUAUGCCAUCAGCACCUCCUCAGACACGGCUCAGCUCUGGGACCUGGACACAUUCCAGAGGAAGAGGAAACUCAACGUGCGGCAAUCUGUGGGAAUACAAAAGGUGUUUUUCCUCCCACUGGGUAACACCAUUCUGAGCUGUUUUACUGACGACUCCAUCUUUGCUUGGGAAAGUGACACUCUGGUUUGCAAAUAUCAGCUUCCAGUUCCACAGGAUGGACCCCGGAUACACUACAAGGCUUUUGCUGUCACACAAGACGGAAAGACGCUGGCUGCGGCUGGCCGCUCAAACCUUAUUCAUUUAUGGGGUUUGGACAGUCGAGAGCUCUUGAGAAUCAUUCAGAUGCCACAAGAAGUAAGGACUGUGAGGCACCUUGAUUUCCUGCAUGACAGUUUUGAUGGAGGAUCCAGCCAGAUCCUGGGUGUUUUGUGUCAGGACGGCAUCAUGCGAUUCAUUAACAUUCAGACGUGUAAGCAGCUCUUUGAAAUCGGCUCCAAUGAUAACGCAAUUAACUCGGCUGCUGUUUGUCCUAAAGGCCGUCACAUUGUAGCAGUGAUGGACUGCGGUGCUCUGAGAGUGUACAAUGUGCAGGCUCUCACUCAAGAAAUCAACAAGCCUCCACAGUCCUUGGUGAAAAUGGUAACUUCUGGAAAGAAAGCUAACACUUCCCGCAUAAAGACGAAGGUUCACGCUGGAGCUGUUCUGCACCCAUCUAAAACACCUGCUCACAAACCGCGCACCAAAACCCUGCGUCCUCCAGAUGUUUCGACGCUGGACAACAAAGAGAAUGACUUGCCCGGCGGCCUGAAUAAAAAACGACUUCAGGCAUUACUCCGAACAUUUGGAGAGUAUCCAGCAAAAUACCGGAUGUUCAUUUGGCGCUCUCUGCUGCAGCUUCCAGAGAACCAUGCUGUGUUCAGCAGUCUGACAGAGAAAGGCCUGCACUCCGCUUAUGUGUGUCUGCAUGAUCGUUACCCAAUCAAGAGCCACAAACUGCAGAGAGGACUGCAGAGGGUCCUGUCUGCUCUGGCUCACUGGUCAGCCAUCUUCGGGGAAGCAGAGUAUCUCCCAUUGCUGGCGUUUCCGUUUGUCAAACUCUUCCAGAACAAUCCUCUCAUCUGCUUUGAAGUUGUGGCUACGGUCAUCGUGAACUGGUGCCAGCACUGGUUCGAGUACUUCCCCAACCCCCCGCUAAACGUUCUGAGCAUGGUGGAGAACGUUCUGGCUCAUCACGAUAAAGAGCUGCUGCACCAUUUUGUCAAAUGUGGUGUCACUUCCCAGCUGUACGUAUGGCCUCUGCUAGAAACCCUGUUCUCUGAGGUGCUGACCAGAGACGAAUGGUUGAAGCUGUUUGAUAACGUUUUCUCUAAUCAUCCUUCCUUCCUGCUGAUGGCUGUCGUGGCCUACGUGACCUGCUGCAGAGCGCCACUCCUCCUCUGCACUCACAGGGAUGACUUUGAGUACUUUUUCCAUCAUCGGAACAAUGUGGACACAAACUCUAUGCUGAAGGAGGCGUAUCGGUUGAUGGAGCUGACCCCAGCAGACCUGCACCCGAGCUCCAUGCUGAAUGACUUUGAGCCUCUGACACCUGGUCAGUAUCCAAUUUUCAACAAGUAUCCCACAUUCAUAGUGGAGUACCAGUGCCAGGAGCGGGAGCGAAUCCGCCAGCAAGAAGUGGAAUAUCUCAAAGAGAGACAGGCACUUCAGGAGCUGCGUGCUGAGACAGUGAGACAGCAGGCUGAGGAUGAAGCCUGGUACACGCAGCAGGAGCUGCUCCAGCAAGCCGAGGAGAGACGUCGAGGAAUCCUGCAAGAGGAAGAGAACAAACUGGCCCAACAGAGAACCAGGUUGGCCGCUAUGAAGCGAGAGUUAAAGGUGAAAGAGCUUGCUUUGCUCAAUGCUGCCAGGAUGCGUUUCCUCAAACACCAGCAAAAUCAGCGCAAGAUGGAGCUCAGAAGAUUGGACGAUGAGAUCCAGAGAAAGACGGCAUUACGUGAGCAGGAAACUGCUAUUGCUGUGCAGGAUAUGGAAGUAAGACAAAUGGAGCUGGAUACACAGAGAAGACUGUUUGAGCAGCAAUUGGCCAAAGAACACGAGCGUGUGAGCAAAGAAGUCAGAGCAGAUGCGGAUGUCCGACGGCGAAGAGCUGAGAUGGAAGAUUCGGCCUUUCGUGACCUCCUUCAGACAGACUGUGAUCUCGGCCAGGACACCAGAAGGGUGCUGGAGGAGUCUCUGACAGAGGCACAACAGCUGGAUGCUGAUACUGAGUGGCAGACUGAAGUAAUCAGACGAUUAAAGAGAGCAGAGGAAGAGCAGGAGAUACAGAGACACCGUCUGGCCAAAGUCAGCCGUGAAAACCACACUAAGGAGGAGCAGCUUGUUCAGAUGAUGAUGGAAGUGGAGGGAAAGCACUGGAAUGAUGUGGUAGCUAAGCAGGCCACGCUGGAAGAGGAAAGGCAGGUAACAGCUACGGCAGAUGCCCAGCAGAAACACAGAGACGAGAUCACACAGCACCAGAACACACUGAGGAGGAGUCAAGAAGAGGCCUUGAAUCUGCAGAGGGAAAGGAGGCUUCCCCGCUCAACACGAGGACUUUUACAAAAGCCAAGUAGUCCACAGACUGAUACCAGUGCUGUCUUUCUGAACAACCAGUCUCCUUCAGAUAACUCCACGUGCUUUUCUCUAGAACGUGGUCGUGGUAGGCUGGACCAUGAGGAGAAGGAGUUGCUGCAAGAGGUCCGGGAGCUCCGGAAGAAGCUGGCAGCCAGAGCGAGAGCCGCAGACUACACACUCUACUCAAACAGUUCACAUCACUCACAGUGACCAGGCCAGCAGCACCGGGCAAGUCGCCUGACAGAAAUACAUGAUGACAAGGAAGGAAGUUAUCCAGAUCUCUUGCUUAGAUUAAAUUAAGCCCAGUGCUCUGUAGUAAGUUUCAUAUGACACCACUUCCAAAAGAAUUGCAUUAAACAGUGAAAGACUAUUAAGUACUACCAAUUUUAGCAUAGACCUUGAUUUAAAUGUGUUUUUUAAAUUAUUUUUGUAUACAUUUUUGUCCAUGUUGGACAACCUGUAGAUUUGUUUAAGUGGUAAAAAGUCAACCUGAUCCUAGUUGUGUUGGGAAAGUCGUAUAAUGUGGAUUGAAUGCAUUUGCUGCUUGUUUUUUUUUUUUUACUUUGUUCAGAAUUUUUAAAAAGUACCCUUUCAUUUACAGCAUGUUGGAUACAAAGCUUUUCUGCCUGUCUGGACAUGAUGUGGUACAGGUUUUUCUGACUUUUUUUUGUAUGAUCAUUCUUAAUUAUAGCUCUUAAGACAUGGACAUUUAUUCAUGUUGAAACAUAACCAUUUUCAUCCAGAGUUUGUACAUAAGUUGAGGGUGUUUUAAAUGAAAAAACUGAACAUACCUGACCUGCUCUAGUACUAGUCUGUUACUGCAUGUCUGCUGAUUUAACCCUGAUCCCAUACUGUGUAUAAAACAUAUUCCAACUGCAUUUAAUAUCUGCAAGUGUAAUGUAUUGUGUGGUGUAAUAAAGGGAAGACUUUUAUCACAA